CAGCGCUUCGGUUGUGUUUUGUGUGCGUGGAAUAAUCGCAUUGCUCAUACGCCGCGUUGCCCAUUGGAUAACCAAGCCAACAAAAAAAAAACCAAUUCUAAGGAUUACCAACUGACUAACCAACUAACUCUAGCAAGAUGAUGAUGCUACACCCCACACCCGCACAGCGCGUGAGCAUACGCGAGGAGCUGCGUGAGCCCGAGGAUCCAGCUGACAUUGAGCGUGAUAUUAAGCUGAUACGCGAGUGGCUGGAGACGCAGCCCCAUCUGCCCAAGGGCAUGGACGAUAUGCGUCUGACAACGUUCUUGCGCGGCUGCAAGUUCAGCCUGGAGAAGGUCAAGAAGAAGCUGGACAUGUACUAUACCAUGCGCAAUGCUGUGCCCGAGUUCUUUGCCAAUCGCGAUAUCAAUCGCGAGGAGCUCAACAUUGUGCUGGACUAUGUCCACUGCCCCACACUGCCUGGCAUUACGCCCAAUGGACGCCGCAUUACUUUUAUACGCGGCAUUGACUGCGAUUUCCAGCCACAUCACAUUCUGGAUGCCAUGAAGGUGGCCCUGAUGAUUGGCGAUGUGCGUCUCGCCGAAGAGUCUGUGGGCAUUGCAGGCGAUAUAUUCAUUUUGGAUGCCGCCGUGGCCAGCGCCUCACAUUUUGCCAAAUUCUCACCCACUGUGGUCAAGAAGUUUCUGAUUGCAGUGCAGGAAGCAUAUCCCGUUAAAGUGAAGGAAGUGCAUGUCAUUAAUAUUUCACCGCUGGUGGACACUAUCUUUAACUUUGUCAAGCCCUUCGUCAAGGAGAAGAUACGCAGCCGCAUUACCUUCCACAAUGAUGUGGAGAGUCUCUACAAAGUGGUGCCCCGUGAGCUGCUGCCCAACGAAUAUGGCGGCAAGGCCGGCAACAUUGUGGAGCUGAACCAGUGGUGGAAGCAGAAGCUGGUGGACAACACCCAGUGGUUCAAGGAUCAGGAGGACAAGAAGGCCAAUGAGUCUCUGCGUCCGGGCGCACCAAAGACCAGCGAUGAUCUGUUCGGCAUGGAGGGCACCUUCCGCCAGCUGAACAUUGAUUAAGCAGGAGAUUAACAAUCAUCAAAAUUUUCCAUCUUAUACUAUAUAUUCCAUUGUUUGUAUUUGUAUUUGUAUUAACCAAUCGUUUGUUUGGUCUAUGCGCAAUUAUUUUUGUUCGCUUUUACGCUUCAUUUUCAAUCCACUAUCUCAUAUUGCCUCACAUCGCCGUAUGUAUUGCAUUAAUUACAAUAACAAAUAAAAGCCGCAGCAUAUUAA